GGUAAUAAUCUUACCCGUCAGUCGGAGACCGUAAUUCGUUGAGUAAAGUUGUGCCUCGUUUCUGCUCCGGGUUUGGAAUUUUGAAUCAUAGUGACAUUCUGUUGAAGGUGCCUCAGCUCAGGGCUACGAGCACCCGGAGAGCACCACGGAUUAUGAGAGUGAAAACUUAUUUAUUGCCCAAUUGUUACGUUUAAUAAUUUGAUUGACAGUAAAGUGUACUUACGGGAGCGAUUUGGACCAAAGUGUCACUUGAAGAUUACUCGCUGAUGAUAUGUUGUGAUUUAUGGGUGAACCUGAAAACUGGAAAACAACUCGUCAGUACACAAUGGUGGUGAAGAUGAAUAGUGUAUUGUAAGAGCAUUACGAAACGUUACAACGAUUUGGAUUAAUCUGUAGUGGAAAAUAGUUGGUGAUAAUAGUGUAGAAACCGCAACCUUGAAAAUGGUGUCCUAUUACAAUCAUUUUGCUAUGUACCCGAAGAACCACAGCGGCAACCUGCCGUAUUCGGCGUCUUCCGGGUGGUAUCCGGGAAACUACCAGCAUCAGCCGCCGCAUCCGCAGUUCAUCGGUGAUGGAGAAUCCUCACCCCAACCGAUGUACUAUCCGCAUCCGCAUGUAUUCCAUCAGUCCAGCCCGGACUGGACGGGGCAUGAGAAUUUUUCUACGCCACCACAAGCGACACUGCUACCGCAUGGACCAAGUCCUGGUGGGCUGCACCUCGGACAGACUACGCCGGGCGCCAAUAACAAUAACAAUGCCAGCGAACAUUGCCCGGAUGGACUGCACAGUAUACCGUCGCCGCCGAUUACCGUCUCCGGCAGCGAUAUGUCCAGUCCGGGAGCGCCGAAUGGAUCCUCGUCGCCGCAGAUAGCUUCCCGUCCGACGCCGGUCAAAAGCCCCUUCGAGUGGAUGAAGAAGCAAUCCUACCAAUCGCAACCGAAUCCAGGUGGCCAUUAUCUGCAACAUGUUACAACGAUAUUCAACAAUCGCCUGGCAUCGGCCAGCAGCGGCGGCGGCGGCGGCGAAUAUGACAAUUAUCGCUACUCGCCAGUGAGCCGGGCUCACGGCGGCCAAAGUGAUCGGGGUUCGCCAGCAGCCAUGCAUCAGUCAUUCAGCCGGAGAGCUGCUGAUGGGUGCACGGAAAAUUCUAGACCAGGUGAUCUGGCCGGCAACAUGAUACGAGGGAAAACCCGCACCAAGGACAAGUACCGCGUCGUCUACACCGACCAGCAGCGGCUAGAGCUGGAGAAGGAAUUCCACUACACCCGAUACAUCACAAUCCGACGGAAGUCCGAGCUGGCCCAAACGUUGCAGCUUUCGGAAAGACAGGUCAAGAUCUGGUUCCAAAACCGACGCGCCAAGGACCGCAAGCAGAAGAAGAAGGCCGAAAUUGGUCCCGGUUGCCUGAACGGCCAAUCGCUGGUCGUGGCUCAUUCCCAACACAACGGUGUCCAGUCCAUGUCCAGUCUGCUGGUGGACACCAAGCCGAAACUCGAACCAUCGUUGCAUCUGUCCCACUUGCACCAGAUGAGCGCCAUGAGCAUGGGAAUGAGCUCGAUGGGACUGCACCACGCCCACCAUCCACUGCAUCCGCACCUCGGGGUGCCAACGUCUCAGCAUCUGAAUCAGGGCCCCGGCCCGCAGGUUCCGCCGGGCUCCUUAAGCAUAAUGUGAUGUGGUUCGUUUGAUUAACUUAUUUCUUUGGUUUAUACAUUCUAGCGUGUAAAAUGUCUCGUAAAUUAUCGAUCGUGUAGUCUCAGCUUAACAAUUUACUAGUAGAAAAGCGAUUUUGCCUAGGCAAUUGUAGCUAGGAACGGGUCCCUUUCAGCAGUAACGGGAAGGCAAACAAAUGAGCAUUUUAAAUUUUUCAUUUUUCCAACCACCAAACUGAAAGGCCACGCACAGAAUGGAUGAAAAUGCCUUAUUAGAGUCAAAAUCGCUCAACCAUCUUGUUGUGUCACAGCGCGCCGUUUCAACAACCUAGUAAAAUUCCAUUCACGGAAUUCACCCCCACGCGAUACCGCGAGGAGCACCAUUUGCGUUAUGAAUAAUUUAUGAAGCAAACCGAAACACAUAAUGUGAACCCCGUCCUAGAUUGCGUUUCUGUACCUCAAAAGCCUCCCGAUAGCUAACCCUUGAUAAAAAAAACAUCAUUCAUGGAAAUCCUGAGCGCCGUCGUAGCGAGGCAGGACCAUUUCGAUUUGAGAUUGAUUCCAAACCAAAUUAUGAAGGAAAACUGUUUAAAUUUGGAACCUUAAUUAAACAGACAAGAUGGAAGAAUAACAACAACUAAGUGCAAUGUAAAAAAUGAUAUAUAAUUUUAAUAAACAUAAUUUUAGCCUGUAA